GUCUGUCUGUCUGCCUGUCUGCCUGUCUGUCUGUCCUCUGGUCCAGCAUGGACUCCGUCUUCUCAGACAUCGACAGCAACAGCUGCGACUUCUUCCCCCGGUCCCCGGUCUGCUCCGAGUCCUCCGGGUCCUGCGAGUCCUCCUCCAGGUCUCCGGGGUCCUCCUCCGGGUCCCCGGGGUCCCCGGUGGCGGAGCCGCAGAAGAAGCGGCGCCGCGGCCGCGCGCGCUGCGACUCCACGGUGCAGGUGGUGAAGAAGAACCGGCGCGUGAAGGCGAACGACCGGGAGCGGAACCGGAUGCACAACCUGAACGACGCGCUGGACGAGCUGCGCGGCGUCCUGCCCGCCUUCCCGGACGAGACCAAGCUCACCAAGAUCGAGACGCUCCGCUUCGCCCACAACUACAUCUGGGCCCUGAGCGAGACCAUCCGGAUCGCGGACCUGCAGGCGGGGAAGAGCUGCUCCGAGGCCCCGCCGGCCCCCCCCUCCGCUGCUGCUCCGGAGCCUGCAGGACGCGUCCAGCAGCCCCGGGUCCUCCUGGAGCUCCAGCGGCUCCUCGUCCUCCUGCUCCCCGGCAUACAGCGCCUCCAGCCCGGGCAGCCCCGCCGGACCCCCCGAGGACUACAGCUACCUGCAGCAGGAGCGCUUCGGGUUCCGGAGCUUCGUCCCCGGGAUCUACUGAGUCCGGGACCCGGGGGAGGAGAGCCCCGGCCCGGGGACAUGCAGAGACACUCCGGGGACAUGCAGAGACAUGCAGAGACACUCCGGGGACAUGCAGAGACACGGGGACAUGCAGAGACACUCCGGGGACAUGCAGAGACACGGGGACAUGCAGAGACACUCCGGGGACAUGCAGAGACAUCCCGGGGACAUGCAGAGACACGGGGACAUGUCUUUGUGUCUUUGUGUCUCUGGGACUAA